ACAAAAAAGUCCGACAACCAGUCGGUCCCUACUCGGAAUUGGAGGAGGUCGUAAAUUGUACUUCACAUCAAAAUACGAGUUUGUAAAAUGUGUGAUCAGUCAACAGUUGAAACACAAGUUUCUCUCGUAAACAUGCGAGUAAACCCGGCAGAAAAUCAAUCUCUGAGUGAAAAACUCGAGAAAUGCCAGGAAUGGCUGGAAAAUUGUACAAUUAGCGAAGCGCAAUCGAUUUGUAGUGAGUGUCCGACCGAAAGUGACUCGAACUUUGAUUGUUCAUCAACAGAUUACAGUGAAUGCUCAUCACAGUCACAGAUUGUUUCCAGGACAGACAGAAUAACAACUAUUGAUAAUAAUAAAUGUAUUAAUAAUAAACAGUUAGAAUCCAUAAUUGGACAAAAUCAGAAUGUUUAUGAGAAUAUUAUCGUCAAUAAGUCGAAAAGAGUUCAUUUGGGUAAUGUUACAGUGAUUAACGGACCGAUUUACAUAAAAGAAUCACAAAAAACAAAGAAAAACGAUGAUAUUGUUAGUGAUAUAAAGCCUGAACAUCUUAAAUUAGCUGAAGCUCAUAUUCGUUGGAUUGAUAGACGUGCGUGGUUAGCGCAACCGCAAGUUGAAGAAUACGAAAAACUACAAAAUCCAGCUAAAUAUGUUAUUAUUUGCCACUCUGCAACAGAGGACGCUGGUACGCAUUGGGAUAAUAUUAUAUUAGUGCGUCACAUCCAACAAUUCCAUAUAGAAUGCCGUAAAUGGUCUGAUAUAGCCUAUAAUUUUAUGAUUGGAUGUGAUGGUUAUACUUAUAAAGGAAGAGGAUGGGGAAUACGUGGUGCACAUUCAUUCAGAUAUAAUGCAAUCUCAGUAGGUAUUUGUUUUGUCGGCACGUUCUGUACAAAACUACCCCCGCAAAUCGCGCUGGAACAGGCGAAAGCACUGAUCAGAUACGGCGUUGAGCAAGGCGAAAUCGACAAGGAUUACGCCUUAAUUGGAAAUUGUCAGGUCUCAUCGUCGAAGAGUCCCGGCGAGUGCCUGUUCGAGGAAAUCCAGACUUGGGAUCAUUACGACCCGAGUAUUACUCUAGAAAAUCCUUCAUCUUUAAUCGAGGCUGCGUAAAAUGAAAAAAAAAACAAGAAAAAGACUAAAAUUAUUUUUAUUUUAUAGUGAUGUUUAACUAUUUUGAAACUAUGUCUAGGGACACAACAUCAAUAAAAACUAAUUUUGCAACAAUUAGUCGCGCAUAAUUAAAAAACGUGCUCGAAUUGGCGGCCACAAUGUACGCGACACAUUCUAAUUUCGACGAGGAGGAACACAAAGCGCGCUGGUUUUAUUUUCGCGCAUUCAUAAAGAUUUAACGCGGCGGAAUAUCGGCCGACGGGAAGUACCGAAAUAACGGAUAAUAAACGCUCACGCAAAGCAAUAGAUUAGUUAAAAAUACUUAAAACUAUACCAGGAGACUAAUAAACGGCAAUAACAAUAAAUAUUUACUUAAAUAUCUUGAUAUUUACCGUUUUUUCUGAUAUUUUUCGAUAAAAUUCAAUAAAAACUAAAAUGUGCAUUUUUAGUUUAUAAUACGACCACCAGAUGUCGCGACGUACACCGUUUGCAACUAAAAUAUUUAUCAACAAAUCAAAAACACGUGUUUUUAUCUCUCCUCGUGCAUUUCAAGCGAAUGUAAACAAUAGUUUAGAAUGUAAAAGCAUAUAAAAACAAUAAACACGAUGUGAAUAGAAGUUAA